CCCAGAGUAGUUGGUGAAGGCGGGACGGUUGUAUCGAUGGUGGUAAACAUUUAGAUAAUACAGCGUUUGUCUGUAUUAUAUAUAAACGUAAAGGUUUCGUCCAACGUUGAUGGGUAGUCAAUAGUCUGGAAAUUCGGUUCAUCAGUUUGGUUCACAAGAUUCCACCAUGGCGGACGUGAAAAUGAAGGGAAAUGCGAAGGAACUGCAGGAGGAGAAUGUGCGGUUGAGACAGGACCUGCAGGAGCUGAGGAGUCUGUACGACCAGCUGGUACAGGAGGGCGGGGCUGAGCACUGGGAGGAGAGGAGAGUCCACAUGCUCAAGUCACAUGUCAUCCAGCUGGAGAGACAGAUAGUUCAGCUGACAGGUGCUGUGAGCUCCCACAAAGAUGCCAUGGUGGAGGCUGAUUCUGCUCUUGAUACAGUAGUCACAGCACUCAGGGAGUGGGUUGCCUGUGAGUCUCCAGGUCCGACAGUGUCCAUACAGCGUGCCCAGCUCACCCACCUUAUACACACUGUCAUGGGAGCUAAAACAAGGCUGAAGAAACAGGGAAAGACUGGGUUUGCCUGUGACAGUGUUGGCCAAUCAUCCUUGCUGAAGAGUGCUGCUGUUAAAGGCAGUAUAGAAGGUGUCUCCCUAUUGGACAUCUGCAGUGGUGACAUCAGACAUCUCAACCUCAAACAUGUGGCCUCCCUGGAGUCCCAGCUGUCUCAACUGUUCAAGAAGCUGCUGAGAUUGCAGCAGUGCAUGGACAGCAUCAGGAGCCACCAGCCUGUCCCGCUGUUCUACCAGACGGACAGCAUGCUAUACGACAGGCUGACAGCACAGGCUGCAGACCUGGACAAGCUGCUGCACCAGUGCUGUCAAGACCUGAUGCACCUCAGCCUGCUGGUGCCUGCUGCUCCUUGGUCUGCAGUCAGACGGUUACCCAGCAUGCACUUCUCUGUGGAUGAUGUCAUGGCAAGUCUUCCCAGCAUGCCACGCAGUAAGCAAUAUGAGGUAAAGAAGACUGUGGAAAGUUUGAUGGUAGCUGUGGGUUAUUCCAAACACAUGACAGCUAUGCAGUACUUCAUGUAA